ACACUCGAGACCUCCUGAAAGAAGCAACAGUCUCUCAGCUCAGCCUUUAAACUCUGUACUGAAGCUAAACUCUAGCUUUCCCUCAACGCUGUCAGAAGGAAUUGAAUUUACAGACUACUCAACGAGAUCAGCUCAAUCAGAUCUGAAAAGGAGACUGCAAUUCUCCAAGCAAGAAGAGGACCCCAAAAAAAGCUAUUUCAUUUUUGAUAUUGUAAGAACACAGACGAAGAAGUCACCAUGUUUUCUGGAAUGAACCUGAUUUCUCUGAUGUGCCUAUCUUUCCUUAACUGGGCUGUGGCUCAGGAGUGCAGUGGACAAUGUCAGUGCCCUGGCAUGCCUCCCCAGUGCCUGCCAGGCGUAAGCCUGGUGCUGGACUCCUGUGGAUGCUGCAGGGUGUGUGCCAAGCAGCUGGGUGAGCUCUGCACUGAGCGGGACAUUUGUGACCCUCACAAAGGCCUUUACUGUGACUAUGGCUCCCCAAGCAACCAUCGUAUAGGAGUCUGCACAGCCAGAGAAGGUGCCACCUGUGUGUUUGGUGGGAUGAUUUAUCGCAGUGGAGAGUCCUUCCAGAGCAGCUGUAAAUACCAGUGCACUUGUCUGGAUGGUGCCGUGGGUUGUGUGCCCCUCUGUGGAAUGGACAUCAGAUUGCCCAGCCCUGACUGCCCAUUUCCCCGCCAGGUGAAGGUGCCAGGAAAGUGCUGCGAGGAGUGGGUGUGUGACUCCCCUCACCAGAACACCUUUGUGGGCUCAGCUCUAGCAGCUUACAGAGAGGAGGAGACAUAUGGGCCUGAUCCUUCCAUGAUGAGAGAGAACUGCCUGGUUCAGACCACAGAAUGGAGUGCAUGCUCAAAAACAUGUGGCUUGGGAAUCUCCACCCGUGUCACUAAUGACAACCGCGAGUGCCGCCUGGAGAAGCAGUCCCGCCUCUGCAUGGUCCGCCCAUGUGAUUCGCACUUGGAGGAGAAAAUUAGGAAAGGGAAAAAGUGCAUCCGUACACCACGUGUCUCCAAGCCAAUGAAGUUUGAGAUUUCUGGCUGCACUACUACCAAGUCUUACAGGCCCAAGUUUUGCGGCGUGUGCACAGAUGGUCGCUGCUGCACCCCUCACAGAACCACCACCUUGCCGAUGGAGUUCAAGUGUCCCGAUGGUGAAGUCAUGAAGAAGCAGAUGAUGUUCAUCAAGACAUGCGCAUGCCACUACAACUGCCCUGGGGAGAAUGACAUCUUUGAGUCCAUGUACUACAAGAAGAUGGUUGGUGACAUGGUAUAAGUGAAGAAAGACUGAUAAUGUGGAGUUGAAUAAGAAAAAUUCAUCCAUUGAAUGUCCACUUGAAAGGAACAGAUAUCCAUCUCAUAUCUCAGCACAAAGUACUUUUGUUUGUUUUCUAUGGUUUUCUAUUUUGUAUUUUUGUGUUUGUUUGUUUGUUUGUUUAUUUGUUUGUAUCUUGUACAUGGACACAGAUUUACAGUAUAUGUGUAUAUUCAUUUUGUCACGGUGGAUGUCUAAGGCUACCUUGCCUUAAAGUGCAUAGAGGUUAAGGCAAGGGGUUGGGGAUUGUAAAAUGACCGGGCUCUAUGUGGACGCCCCCCCCAGAUUGCACUAUAGUCCGACUCUGUGACGCCCAAUGUCACUGACUGGCAGAUGACAGCAAGCCCCUCCCCUAACUGUGGUGGGCAGACUCCAACACUGAGAGCAUAAAUAAAAAGAAGUUAAAUGGGUGGCAGCUGUGAACCGCAGCUGAAUGAAGGAGAAAGAAAGAGACAGAAAGCGAUGUGCUCUUGUGUUUAGUUAUUUUUUGUUAGUGUUCCUACCAGCUCAGAGUUUGAGCUGAAUUGGGACAUGCAGUUUGGCCAAGAACUAUGAAGGUUAAUAUAGCACUGAGUGUUUGAAUUUGACUUGGCUGCUCCUGUUAGGAGAGUGUCAGUACCCCUGUCAGAAAGACUGGAUGAAUUGUAACUUCAUUCUUUUGAUAGUAUUAUUAUUAUUGUUAUCUAUUUUUUUUAAAGCUGUAAAUAUUGUACAUAUUUUGUACAGCUUAAGUUAAUUUAAAUUUAAAGCAUUUGUCUUUCUUAUUUUCUUGCUUCACCAUGAUUAAUGAUAGCUUAAUGUGCUGACUUGACUGUUCUCUCGUUACAGUGUGUCCAUUAUUUUAUUGAGAAGUGUGACCAAAACGUUACAUGUUUUUACUUUUGAAGUUUGAAAUAAAAUAUUAUAUUUUUUAUAUAAA